AUCCGUUUUAAGCCAUAAGGCGUUUUGCUGUAAAGUGUCUUUUUUUAAUAUUAAAUUUAAUUGCAAAAAUUAUCGUUAACAAACGAAUGUCGGAAUAUUAUUCAAAACCAAAACUUAUAAGCUUCUACAUAUUCGAUAGUCGAAAUGGUCAAAAAGAGGGUGAGGAACAUGAGAAAAUGCUAUUCUACAGCCCUCCUGAAGAGCGGCUCAACUCAAAAGUCCGUAAUAUUGGCCUGUCAGAAGCCUUUACAAGAUUUACCAGCAUGUUCAAUAAGUCUUCUGACUGUGAGACAGUGCAUUCUCAGAAGCAUUUAACUGCCAUGCUGCAGCCUGAACCCUUCAUCUGGAUGGUUCUGAAAGUGUCUCUGGCUCACUCAUGCCAUAAAGUGGCACCAUCACCUAUGAAGAAGUGCCGGGGGUCAAAAAGUUCAACACAGUCUAGCCCUAAGCCAAGUCAUAGGUCGAAGCCUUUAGUCAUUGGUGAAACUCUCAGCUCAGAAAGAGAUGCAGCCACUGGCUCUCUGAGCAUCAACAAUCAGGAUAGCCGAGACCUACGUCAUAUCCAAUCAAGUAGUUCUUCUUUACUCACCACAACCAAUGGCCAAGAGUAUGCCAGUGGGAGUCCUAGAAAUAACAGUGCUGAUUUAGCUAGUGUUGCCAGUUCUGUCAGUAAUGCCAGUUCUGAAGAUGCUUUAGUCAACCACAAAACUUCUAAUAAUAUUGUAGUAGAUGCUGAGUCACAAGAGGGUUUUAUACAUUCUCAAGAUAAUGUAGGUAUUGAAUCUUCUACUUCUUCUUCUAUUAUCAAUGAUAGUAAAGUUUUUAGUAACGAAAAUGACGUUGAAGACAGAAUAAUAGCUAAUAAGCAAGAUUGUGACAGUCAAGACUCUUCAAAAGAUAAUCUGUGUAGUAACCUACCUUCACAACCUGGAAACUGUGCACCACCAAGCAUAUCUUCUACUUGUUCUAAUCCUGACUGUGCAAGCACUGCUCACUACAUCAGUUCCAGCUUACAGCCAUCUGUUCUCAAGUCACAUUUACAGGCUGCCUACUCAGCCUUUACGUUUCUGCAUCAUAGUUUUAAUAAAGUUCUAGAGGAACAGGGACUAGUGGAGCUCAGGAACGUUUUGAAAGAUUUUUAUGAUAAGUAUUUAAGCGAGGUGGAGAUGUCACAUGGAGACAUGAGCAGCGUGUGGCGGGGGCUCUCUUACCUGCCUCUGAGACAGGGUGUGCUGCUCAGAGUUCGCUGCUGCCUUGCCUCGCUCUGCUCAGCCAUUCCUGCUGUGCGCGCCGCCGCCUUCCUCUACUCGGGCAGCGUUGCUUGGUGUGAUUUUGACCUGGAGUCGCUGCGCCGGUUGCUGCACUACCUCCACUACACCGGCAUCCUGGAGCAGGUCAAGCUGUCAGCCAGCUCUCAGGAACCUGGCUACUCUAACAGGUUCAUCGGUGGAGUGGGCCACAGUGUGCGGGCGUACGUGGGUGAGGACGGACGUGCUGGUGUUGCUGGCAGGAGACGCGAGUGUCGGCUGCUGCUCUACUCCUGCGCCGGGGCUAUAGUGCCCAUUGUCUUCGCUGCGGAAGAACGUCUGCUGCCGAGCCUCUACGAGAAGCUUGCCCGCACUUUGGACUCGCGCGUCACGCAACUCGUGGCCGAGAUCGCGUCAUCGCGGCCACCAAACCCGUCAGGUGGUAGCGACCACCUGAGCUACGUCUACCACAACGCCAUGAACCUCGCAGUGAAGAGCACCUUGAGGGUGGAGCGGCCUCCUGACCACCCUAUGACUGGGAGAGUUGAACGGCAUUGCGGGGGCGGCGUGAUGGAGACGGGGGCGUUCGGGCUGGGGGGCAGCGUGGUGCUGGUGUCAGCUCCUGCCGGGGCUGCUGCCAUCCCUUGGAAGGUUAUGCUUACCAUCGUCGACAUGCAGGCCGACAUGAUCAAGUACGGACACCAGGAGAGCGUCCUGAAGACCGUCGACGAUCACUGGGUCGUCGGGCGCACCGGCAACGGACGUCAACUCUUCGUCACGCUCGUCAACACAAACUCCAACCUCGUCGAGAUCACGGAUGAGGUGCAGAGAGUUACGCAGCUUCACUUCGGUGACGUCUUCAUGCUGGAGUGAUCAGGACUGGUGUCAACUGCCCACGCAAGAGAACUUCAUACACCGGAAAAAGAUUGAUGCGUGAUGUUCAUCAAUAUUUAUACAUCUGAAUAUUGAUAGUGGUGCUUGCUACCGCAGUAUUGUGCACGUGUCUUGGUUGUCGACAUCAUCGUAGGUACUUAAAAAGGUUCUAAAUUAUACAAGUUUUUCUAAAUUUGUUGUCUCUAUCAAAUUGUCACAGUCCACUGGAUUUAUGUUGCGUAUGCAAUAUUCAGUGGCAAAUAAUGACCUAUUCUAAACAUAGCAUUUACCAAUUGAGAUUCAGUCGAGCUUAAAGAGAAUGAUUGUGCCGUGUUAUUUUCUACAUAACAUUCACCAAUAAUUACCAUGCUUCUCAACUUCGUGCAAUCGAGCAAUGAAAUGUUACGUUUGUUUGGAGUCCUUGUGCAAAUUUUUCAAAUUAUGACCAGUUGGAGAAAUUGGGUAUCUUGGAUAACAGCUGUCAUUUGUUCUUCAUGUACCGAGAAACUUGGUGUGUUGAAGCGUUACUUGAAACUUCAUUUGACAAUAAUAAAGAGAAUUAACCUUAGUUAUUUUCCCAUGUUGUUUUUAAUUAUGAAAGUUAGCUAAUUAAUAUGUAUUUUGAAUUGAGUGCUUAGAAUGGUCCUUAUUCUCGUGUUGCAAAAAACGUUGAGCCUGAAAAAAAAGAUGAAUAUGCUUUAAACAAUUAUCUCUCGUCUGAAAUUUCCUGAGCUGUGCAAUAUAGUUGUUGCCACGUGACAGAUUAUUUCCUGUAUUAGCUUCGCGUUCAUGUAGCAUUUAAUCGAGUUCAUCCUUUGCUUAUUAGCAGUUCAUGACUUGCGAGUGAGCUGGGGAUGUUAACAUGGUGAUCAAUUAUUCAUUGGGCUUGGUUUAAAUCCAUGAGACAUUACUCCCUUGUCUUUGACUACCGAAAUAUUCGUGUGCUGAAUUAUGAAGUAUUGUGCUUAAAUAGUUCGAAUAAUACUAUCUAAAUUAUGAAGUAUUGUGUUUAAAUACCGUAGUUCAAAUACCAAUACUAUCUAAAUUCAAAAGUAUUGUUCUUAAAUAAUUCAAAUAAUACUAUCUAAAUUAUAAACUAUUUUUCUUAAAUAGUUCGAAUUAUAAUAUCUACCAAAGUUAACUUGAGCGAGGCCAAGUGUUAUGUGCUAUUUACCUGUAGAAUAUAUCUUAGCUCAUGUACAUGCUUGUUAUUGACUGUGAUUUUAUGAUUGGAAUGCGCCAUGUAAAAUUUACCUAAUAGUUCGGAAACAUUCCUCUUUGUUUCUUAUUUAUUAAUCGAUCUUUAACCCGAAUGAUUUUAUGUCAAACUUUUAUGUAAUGAAGAUGGAAUAUGAGAUUCCCUCUUCGUUAACUGCUGCGAAUGUAUUUGUGGUGCCUGUGUAUUUUUCUCCAGCCUUGUAUGCAGUAAUGAAUUAAUGACAUAUUCA